AUGUACAGACUUAAUGCCUGGAUCUGCUGCGAAUCAGAAGCUACAUCUGGAAAGCAGCAAUACAAAUCUGACUCUCCAGGGAUGCCCACAGCCAUGAAAGCAGGCUUGGACAACAAAAGGACAAAUACUGGCAACUUGGAUGGGAUAUUACCAGAAUGGGAGAAAAACUUAAAGAAUUUAAAAAUACCUGCUUGUUUUAACAAGAUGCCCCAGGAGACUGGGAAGACUUUCCCUCACUCCAAACAAGUUGGGAAUUACCUAGUAGGCAAAAUGAUCAACAAGGGCUCCUUUGCCAAGGUGAUGGAGGGGCUGCACAUCCCCACGGGGGAGAAGGUAGCCAUAAAAGUAAUUGACAAGAGAAAAGCCAAGCAGGACUCUUACGUUUUAAAAAACCUGAAGCGUGAACCACGGAUACACCAGAUGAUUAAGCACCCCAACGUUGUUCAGCUAUAUGAGACCUUGGAGACUGACAACUCCUAUUACCUGGUGAUGGAGCUGUGCCUCGGUGGGGACCUCCUGGACAGAAUUUGUGACAAAAAGAGGCUGGCAGAAAGGGAAGUAAGAAGAUACACCAGGCAAAUUCUGUCUGCAGUAGAGCACCUGCAUUGCCAGGGAAUUGUUCACAGGGACCUAAAAAUUGAAAACUUUCUUCUUGAUGAGAACAACAACAUCAAAAUUGUUGAUUUUGGACUGAGCAAUAUUGCAAAGUUCAAGGGUCUCUCUCAGGAGCUGUUACACACCCAGUGUGGAAGCCCAGCUUACGCUGCCCCAGAACUCCUUGCUAACAGGAAAUAUGGUCCAAAGGUGGAUGUUUGGUCCAUAGGUGUAAGCAUGUUUGCUAUGCUAACCGGCACAUUACCCUUCACAGUGGAACCUUUUAAUAUCAAGCAACUGCAUCAAAAGAUGUUAAUUGGAGAAAUCAGCCCUAUUCCAUCAGAUAUCUCCCCCGGAGCUGUACACUUCAUGCAGUCCUUGCUUGAGCCUGACCCUGCCAAGAGGCCUGGAGUCAAAGAAGCAAUGAAAGACAAAUGGUUGAACAAAGGCUUCACCAGGAAAAUAGUGAAUGCUGCUGCCUAUAAGAACAGACUCUGCCCCAGUGAAUUGAAUCCUGUUGUUUUAAACUACAUGACAGAAAUAAUGGACUUCAGUCUUUCCGAAGUUAUCAAUGUUUUAAUAAAUAACAGACCCUGUGCUGCCAUGGCUUCGUAUUGCUUAUUGCUGAAGAAACUGCUCAGGUACCAGAAAGACUGCAAAAGAGCCCAGAGGGAAAAUGAAGUUGAAAAAAGCGACAUUAAUCUCGAUAAAUGUUUGAAUAAGGAGUCAGAAAUUCAGAUUUCCCAAAAAUCUGAAAUGGACACUCUAGAAAACCUCAGGAAUUAUCACAUUAAGAUAUUUCCUUCUGUACUAAACCUGGCAAUGCCAGAUGCUAUUCAAGAAGAUGAGAUUGCAAUUACACUGGAAAACCAAGAAAAUUUGCCAGAAGGUAAGUCCCUCGCUCGGCAAACGCCUGAAGCCACGGACGCAUCCCGGUGGAUUCGGGACAGAAAGGCGCGGGCGGGGCCAGCAGCCGGUUCGGUGCACCCGAGCGCUGCUCGCCCCGCCGGCCCCUUAACGAGCUGUUUAUUUAAGGCAUUUGCGCGUUUUCCUCUCAGCCCGGACGCGCCGAAGCGCAGCGAAAAGCCGGAGCGCGGGAGGGACGUCUGGAAAGCAGCUCCUGGGUCCGCGCUGAAAACACCGCAGCUAUAA